CCGCGGCCAGGCUGAGCCCCCGGAGGGAGCGACGGUGGGAGAGAGGGGGCCCGCCGUCCCCCGCCGCCCCGGCACCCCCGCCCUGGCGGCGGCUCGGCCGCAUGCUUCAGAUGGUAAAGACCCUGGCCCAGUUCACCAUCGCGCUGGAAGACAUGCGCGAUCUGGGCCCGGCCACCGCCUCCGGGGAGCCCGCCGGGAGCAGCGGUGCUGACGCUGAGGAGCCUGGGGAGGCCCAGGCGGCCACAGUUUGCACUCUCAGGGAUGGGAUGAAGCCCAGUCUAGUAGGGUCUGACUCCAUAGCACUGAGCCGGAAGGAGGGGUUUUCAGAGUUUGCAGCUGGAGUGGGGCGUGGCCUGGAGGCAUCUUCCUUUGCAAAGGACAUGCGGAAGCACGUGACCAUGACCCUGCUGGACACGGAGCAGUCCUAUGUGGAGUCGCUGCGCACCCUGAUGCAGGGCUACAUGCAGCCGCUGAAGCAGCCAGAGAACUCCUUGCUGUGUGACCCGUCACUGGUGGAUGAGAUCUUUGACCAGAUCCCCGAGCUCCUGGAGCACCACGAACAGUUCCUCGAGCAGGUGCGGCACUGUGUGCAGACCUGGCACGCCCAGCAGAAGGUGGGAGACCUGCUUGUCCAGUCGUUCUCCAAGGACGUCCUGGUCAACAUCUAUUCUGCCUACAUUGAUAACUUUCUCAAUGCAAAGGAUGCCGUGCGCGUGGCUAAGGAGGCGAGGCCUGCCUUUCUCAAGUUCUUGGAGCAAAGCAUGCGUGAGAACAAGGAGAAGCAGGCGCUGUCUGACCUCAUGAUCAAGCCUGUGCAGCGGAUCCCACGCUAUGAGCUUCUGGUGAAGGACCUCCUGAAGCACACACCUGAGGACCACCCAGACCACCCACUCCUGUUGGAUGCUCAGCGGAACAUCAAACAGGUGGCUGAACGCAUCAACAAGGGUGUGCGGAGUGCCGAGGAGGCAGAGCGACAUGCCCGUGUGCUGCAGGAGAUUGAGGCUCACAUCGAGGGCAUGGAGGAUCUCCAAGCCCCUCUGCGGCGGUUCCUCAGGCAGGAGAUGGUCAUCGAAGUGAAGGCCGUCGGUGGCAAGAAGGACCGGUCCCUCUUCCUCUUCACGGACCUCAUCAUCUGCACGACCCUAAAGCGGAAAUCAGGCUCCCUGCGGCGCAGCUCCAUGAGCCUGUACACGGCAGCCAGCGUCAUUGACACGGCCAGCAAGUACAAGCUGCUGUGGAAGCUGCCGCUAGAAGAUGCGGACAUCAUCAAAGGGGCGUCCCAAGCCACCAAUCGGGAGAACGUCCAGAAGGCUAUCAGCCGCCUAGAUGAGGACCUGACCACCCUGGGCCAGAUGAGCAAGCUCUCUGAGAGCCUUGGUUUCCCCCACCAGAGCCUGGACGAAGCACUGCGGGACCUCUCAGCCGCCAUGCACCGGGACCUGUCGGAGAAGCAGGCGCUGUGCUAUGCACUCUCCUUCCCCCCUACCAAGCUGGAGCUGUGCACCACGAGGCCUGAGGGCACGGACUCCUUCAUCUUCGAGUUCCCUCACCCUGAUGCCCGCCUCGGCUUUGAGCAGGCCUUUGAUGACGCCAAGAGGAAGCUGGCAUCCAGCAAAAGCUGUCUAGACCCUGAGUUCCUGAAGGCCAUCCCCAUCAUGAAAACCCGCAGCGGCAUGCAGUUCUCGUGCGCGGCGCCGACCCAGAGUAGCUGCCCCGAGCCCAUGCCCGAAGUGUGGGUGUGCAACAGCGACGGCUACGUGGGCCAGGUGUGCCUGCUGAGCCUGCGCGCCGAGCCCGACGUGGAGGCCUGCAUUGCCGUCUGCUCCGCCCGCAUCCUCUGCAUAGGUGCCGUGCCUGGCCUGCAGCGCCACAGCCACAGGGAGCGGCCGGCCUCGCUGAGGAGUGCCCCAGAGACGGCACUGGAGACCCCCGGUCCAGACCUGGACGUCGAGGCCGCGGACGAAGAAGCAGCGACGCUGGCAGAGCCAGGGCCCCAGCCCUGCCUGCACAUCUCCAUUGCAGGCUCGGGGCUGGAGAUGACACCGGGCCCCACCGAAGGGGACCCCCGCCCGGAAUUGGUGCCCUUUGACAGCGACUCCGAUGAUGAGUCUUCACCCAGCCCCUCGGGAACGCUGCAGAGCCAAGCCAGCCGGUCCACCAUCUCCUCUAGCUUUGGCAAUGAGGAGACCCCGAGCUCCAAGGAGGCCACGGCAGAGACGACCAGUUCAGAGGAGGAGCAGGAUCCUGGCUUCCUGCCACUGUCUGGCUCCUUCGGGCCUGGCGGUCCCUGCAGCACCAGCCCAAUGGAUGGGAGAGCCCUUCGCCGUUCCAGCCGUGGCUCCUUCACCCGGGGCAGCCUUGAGGACCUGCUGAGCGUUGACCCCGAGGCCUACCAGAGCUCUGUGUGGCUGGGCACUGAGGAUGGCUGCGUCCACGUGUACCAGUCCUCCGACAGCAUCCGCGACCGCAGGAACAGCAUGAAGCUCCAGCACACAGCCUCUGUGACCUGCAUCCUGUAUCUGAAUAACCAGGUGUUUGUGUCUCUGGCCAAUGGAGAACUUGUGGUCUACCAAAGAGAAGCAGGCCAUUUCUGGGACCCCCAGAACUUCAAGUCAGUGACCCUGGGUUCUCAGGGGAGCCCCAUCACCAAGAUGGUGUCUGUGGGUGGGCGGCUAUGGUGUGGCUGCCAGAACCGAGUCCUUGUGCUGAGCCCCGACACACUGCAGCUGGAGCACGCGUUCCACGUGGGCCAGGAUUCCAGCCGCAGCGUGGCCUGUAUGGUGGACUGCAGCCUGGGGGUGUGGGUGACGCUGAAAGGCAGCGCCCACGUGUGUCUCUACCACCCAGGCACCUUUGAGCAACUGGCAGAGGUAGACGUCACACCUCCCGUGCACAGGAUGCUGGCAGGCUCGGACGCCAUCAUCCGGCAGCACAAGGCUGCCUGCCUGAGGAUCACGGCGCUGCUGGUGUGCGAGGAGCUGCUGUGGGUGGGCACCAGUGCCGGCGUCGUGCUCACCAUGCCCACCUCACCCAGUACCGUCAGCUGCCCGAGAGCGCUCCUGAGCCCCGCCGGCUUAGGCCAGGGACACACUGGCCACGUCCGCUUCUUGGCUGCAGUCCAGCUGCCAGACGGCUUCAACCUGCUCUGCCCGACCCCACCGCCUCCCCCAGACACGGGCCCUGAGAAGCUGCCAUCCCUCGAGCACCGGGACUCCCCUCGGCACCGAGGACCUGCCUCAGCCAGGCCUAAAAUGCUCGUUAUCAGUGGAGGUGACGGCUAUGAGGACUUCCGACUCAGCAGUGGGGGUGGUAGCAGCAGCGAGACCGUGGGCCGAGACGACAGCACAAACCACCUCCUCCUAUGGAGGGUGUGACCCUGUCCACUGUGGCCCAGGACUUGCCCUCCCACCGCCCUCAGCCCGCUUGCCUCUUCCUAGCCCACACUUCCUAGCAGACUCUGACCAGGAGCGUCCCACCAGGGGCACCCCUGUGUCUGCGUGGGCUCCCUCCCAUCCGCACGGAAGUAUUCCUGGUGGAACACCUGCUGGCCAGCGGGCCGGGGCCUCUCCCGACCCUCUGGCUGCUUCGGUACUCCCAGUCAUCAUGGGGGUGGGGCAGGGGGCAUGUGGGCUGCCCAGGACCUCUGUCCCUGGAGCUUCUACCAAAGACACGGCUGGGCCUGGACCCCAUGGGGCUUGGGAGGGCCAUGUGCAAUAUUUGGAGGGUUUUCUGGGGGCAGUGGGAGGGCUGGGGACAGAAUCCUUUCCCAUGUACAGUAUUUAUGUUCCUUUUUAGAUGUGUACCUUCCCAAGCACUUAUUUAUGCAAUGACCUGGGCAGGGGGUGAUUUGAGGAAGUCACAGAAGGGAAAAGACCCUAUUCCUGCUCUGGGGGCCACCCUGGGACCCUAAGCGAGCCUUCCUGGAAGGACCAAUCCCCCCCUCAUUACAUACUUGUGAACAUGUGUGCACAUACACAUGGGUGUGCAGGUAUGCGCGUGCACAUGCACACACACACGCACACACACACACACUGCAUGUUCAGGGCACUAAAACAUUGCCUCUCAACAUAUACUUUCCACGGCCUUGUCCUGAUUGGGCUGCCCUCCAGUAUCCAGAGCCAAGGACCAAGCACCCUCAGUCAUACAGAACAAGGUGAUGACUGCAAGGGGCAAUGAUUCCCAUGCGGGGGCCUCCCCAGGCCUUGGCAUUUCCUAACUUGUUGGCAGUGCCUUUAGUCGUUUCCAAAUUUGGUAACACUGAUAGGGAGGUGGACAGGGCUCUCUCUCCUGGCCUGAGCAGGGAAAAGGAAAGGGCCCUUGUUCUCCUCAGAGCUGCCCCCCAGCCCCUGUGUCUCAUGCACUGGCACGUAUGGUCACCUUGGGAGGGUGGGCCUGGGAGGCCCCCCACUCUGACCAUUGAGACCCUCUCUUCACACCCUUCCUGCCAGGGCAGUCCCUCCAGGAAGAAUGCCCAAAGCUGAGGGGCUGGACAUGGCCUCUUCAACUGGGAACCACUUGCGGGCAGGCUCUUCCCUGCUCCCUGGCCUGCAAGAGCCAGUCUGACCCCCAGGCCCCUUGCUUCUUCAGCUACAGCUCCAAAGGUCUGGUUUCAGAUGGGGUUUGUUUGGUUCUGUUUUUGUUUGGGGUGCGUGGGUCAUUGCGGUCUUAGAUUAUGUUUCUCUUGCUACCAAACAGUCAUGUAUUAACUUUCCUUGGAUGAUGAAUUUUAAAGAGUCAAUAAAUAGAAACACCAAAUGAC